AAGCAUACUCAAGCACCCGGAUGUCUCAGGCCUUGCCACUUGCGUGAGCGGAACUGCGACGUUUUUCAUUCCGAGCGCAUGUAGCCGCCCUCGGGAAUAAAGGGAAGUAGGCAAUGACGCCAUCGUUGACAGCCGUGCGAUUUGAGUGGAAACGCUCAUAUUUUGAACGAGACUGUAACCAGAGCUGUCGCAAAAGAAGGGUCCAGUGCUUACGUCCACGCGUGAGCUCGAGCGCGUCGCCAUGUGACGUGCUCUUGAUGACGUCAACGUAACCGCUCUCUCAUAUAGUAUCCAGACGUCUACCUACUGCAGUUUAUCGACCAUCUACACGUCCUUUGAACUAUCUUCUUGACAAGUCAGACCUACUCAUAACCCUCUUCCCACACAAUCACUAUCAUCACACCACACACCAACAUGUCUGCACCACCUGCACCGAACAACCCUGGCCUUGUCUCUUCCCACGCCCAAUACGUCAAGGGCGCUGCUGAGGAGACCAUCGGAAACGUUACCGGUGCUGAGGCAUGGAAGGCAUCGGGCGCGCAAGACAAGUCGCAAGCCGUCGACGCAAUGAAGGCGGCAUCAGCGAACCGUGAUCCCAACCAACAAGGCAUGGGAGGCAUCGAGGAGAAGGCAGGAAACCUCGUCGGCUGCGAAGGCAUGCAGAAGGAGGGUGCUGAGAGUAAGAAGCAAUAGACGGCAGCCAUACACGUUGCAAUGAGAUAGUUUAAUGAGAAACCAAGUCCCAAACAAGGACAAAUGUGC